UAUUAACCAUGGAAAUUGUUAAUCUUUUAUUUUAUUUUCAGCACUUUAGUUUGACAUUACCAAACUUUGUAAAGAGAGUCUCGACUUGUCCCAUGCCGAAGAAUUUUUCAGAAUGGAAACGUGCAGCAUCGAGGUUGGGUUGUGACAAUUUUGAAAAUGCACCUUAUGUAUACCAUUGUAUGCCAAGCAGUUUUCUAAACGAGACCGUGGAGUUUUGUGGACGUAAUGUUCCACACGUUGGCGGUAGUUGUCCUAUUUACACCUAUAAAUUUGAAGAGAAUAAGGCUCCAAACUUCAGAAAUUGUUCAGAAUUUAAAAGCGGCUGUCCAAACAAGUUUUAUUUCUCAAAGAUGAUUUAUAAAUAUCCUGCAUGUUUAGACAUAAUUAAAGACAGAAUGUGUUAUAAGGCUGAUCCAUCCUGCUGUUCUAAUAUGUCGUGUUCACGGCCAAUUCUCUCAACCAAUGGAGGGACGAAUGGAAGUACAGAGAAAUGGUAA